CAUUUUUAAACGACAGGGUCGGAGCUGUGUUGACAGUCGUUCCACAAUACCGUUGGUUUUUGGGUUAUAUUUAAUUUGGAUUAUUUUAUCAGUCGUCUUUAUAGUAAAAAUGUUUUAAGGGACAAACUGGAAUGAUUUAUUUAUUUUUAAUUAUGAAUGUAAUGAAAAUCUAAACGCACGAUUUAGAUGUAAAGUUGAGAGCUUUUUCAUGUAACUUGUCAGAAAAUGUUCUAUGGGACCAAACAGUGUGUACAGUCUGAGAUGACGCUCCUGUGUUGCCGAAUCAUGUGUGUUGGCACAUGUUUUUAAGAAAUAUCCAUGUCAGGGCGGAACAAACCGCUAUUAAAGUAGUAUAUAUUUAAACAGAAGUGGUGCAGUUCAGCGACAAAGUUGUUUUCUCCCUCAAGUAGACAUACCUACGUAUUAAUUACAUCUUCACUGUGCCCCCAAACCACACUUAUUACCUAACAUACUGCGGCGGACACGUGCACGCCUGUGUAACUAAGUGUAAUGUUUCAGUGAACAGUAAGGGUUGGAAAAUUACGGAUGAUGGGGAUGCAAAAACCAGAUACUGCAAGUUUGCACACCGAUGGGCAGGUACCAACAGGACUGUCCACGUGGCAGAGUGCACUCAAGGCCUGAACACAGGAUUGUGAUGUUGUGUUAAUCUUUUCAUGAUUUAAAGACGCUGACACAGUUAUUGUACGUACGUACGUACGGUACUUGUUUAUACCUGCAGAUUGCCUGUUAAUAACCCGAAGCAAACCAUGAAGCGAAGCCGGCUUCCCAGCAGCAGUGAGGACUCUGACAAUGGCAGUCAUUCUACCUCCUGGUCACAGCAUUCCAAGUCUCAACAGAGGAGGAACUCCUGGUCCAGACAUGAAGAUAAACCAUCUGAGGUGUUCAGAACAGACUUGAUCACUGCUAUGAAGGUGCAUGAUUCUUGCCAGCUGAACCCAGUCGAAUACUACAUCCUGGCAGACCCCUGGAGGCAGGAGUGGGAGAAGGGAGUCCAAGUGCCAGUCAGCCCCAAGUCCAUUCCAGUGCCAGUCCUCAGAAGUGUGGCAGAGAAGGACAAGGCAAACAUGUUUACUAGAUCGAGGAAGUUAAUACGCUCCUCUGGUUCUGAGCCACCCGAACUGGGGAACGUAGACAUCUGUACCCUGGCCGACAGCAUCUGUCGCUACGACCUGAAUGAAACAGACGUAGCCUGGCUGGAGGUCAUCAAUGAGGAAUUCAGGGAAAUGGGUUUGCCAGAAGUGGAUGAACUCACUAUGGAAAGGGUCAUGGAAGAAUUUGAGAGGCGUUGUUAUGACAACAUGAACCACGCCAUCGAGUCUGAGGAGGGGCUGGGCAUCGAGUACGACGAAGAUGUUGUUUGCGAUGUCUGCCAGUCACCUGAUGGGGAAGACGGGAACGAAAUGGUCUUCUGUGACAAAUGCAACAUUUGUGUACACCAGGCCUGCUACGGUAUCCUGAAAGUGCCUGAAGGCAGCUGGUUGUGUCGCACCUGUGCUCUGGGCGUCCAGCCCAAGUGUUUACUCUGCCCUAAAAAGGGUGGGGCUAUGAAACCAACACCCAGUGGAACAAAGUGGGUUCACGUCAGCUGUGCUUUGUGGAUACCAGAGGUGAGCAUCGGAAGCCCAGAGAAGAUGGAGCCCAUCACAAAGGUGUCGCACAUCCCUAACAGUCGAUGGGCAUUGGUGUGUCACCUGUGCAAGGAGAAGUCAGGAGCCUGUAUACAGUGCUCUGCGAAGAACUGCCGAACUGCAUUCCACGUGACAUGUGCGUUCCAGUGCUGCUUGGAGAUGAAGACCCUCCUGGAGGACAAUGACGAGGUGAAGUUUAAGUCCUUCUGCCUGAAGCACAGCGACAAGCCGGAGACAGAGGGGUGCUCGGAGGAGGAGGAGGAGGAGGAGGAAGCCGAGGAGGAGAGGGUAGCGGUGCUGAACCCCAACCAGCAGAGCAUGAGCCAGCGAAAGCAGAAACUGCAGCAGCUGGAGGAGGAGUUCUUCAAGUUUGCCAACUCAGGCGAGGUGGCGCAGUCCCUCCGGCUGCCAGAGGAGCAGGUGGACUUCAUUUACCAGUACUGGAAACUCAAGAGGAAGACAAGCUUCAACAAGCCGCUCAUCACUCCCAAGAGGGAUGAGGAGGACAACCUGGCCAAGCAGGAGCAGGACGUGCUGUUCAGGAGGCUGCAGCUCUUCACACACCUCCGGCAAGACCUGGAGCGGGUUCGAAAUCUCACGUACAUGGUGACGAGAAGAGAAAAGAUGAAGAGAUCUGUGUGCAGAGUACAGGAGCAGGUCUUCCAUCAUCACAUCAAAUUGCUGGAGGAGGAGCAGCUUGCAGGCGUACCAUCAUCGGGCCAUUUGGAAGACUCAUUCCUCUUCAAAUGGCUCACUCCUUCUCUGGAAGAUCCAAAGAAGCGAGCUUUUAAAAGCUUUUAUUUCGGCCAGCUUCCGGGACAUUUUGCAGGAAAGCCCUGGCCGGUUAAAGUGUCUCACAAGGGAGAGAAAGGCAAAGCCUCAAGAGAUGUCAGGAUAAGAACUUUGCAGAACCAGCAAUCAAACGCAGCCAACGACUAUGCCGGGAAACCAGACACCAGCAGCGAUAGCAGCAGCAGAAAGGAGCAGGAAACUCAGGGCAGGCUCCCCAAGGCCGGGGUGAAACCAACUCACCAUGAAGACCAAACGAAUGUUCUGCUAACGUUGGAGCACAAAAAAGGAGAACGUGGCCUACGCAGUGAAGAGAACAAACAUGGGCUGCGACAACGAGCCUCCUCCAAGCACAGCCAGAAGCCUCUGAGACCCAUAGAGGAGACAGCACUGAGGCAGUCCGACAUCAAGAGGGUGCCGUCCCGCCGCUUGUCUGGGGAUGCAGUGCCUAAAUGCAACGGGUCUCUGAAGAAAGCCAAAUGCAACCAAACCACCGCUCCAGUGCCUACCUCCCCGCCCAGCCCCAUGAAAAACUGGGGAGGCUUCAGAAUCCCAAAGAAAGGGGAGAGGCUCCAGCAUUGCGAGGGGCAGCCAGAGGCCUGCCAGAGGAAAUCGCCCUCUGAGGACUUGAGCCUGGGUAAGGAUUCCUGUAAAGGCAGAGCCAAGGCUCGUCUAAAGAAAGAGACUGAAAGCGAUGGAUACGCCCCGGACGCUGAGCUCAGUGACUCCGAGACGGAGGCGAAAGACAAAAAGUGUCGGCAGCCGCAGCGUCUCAGUGCGAGGGCCUCCCUUAACAGGAGGUACGGGACAGACAUCAUCCGGAGGAGCAUCAUGGCUUCUUGAGGGAUGGAGUUAGUCACUUGCCUACAAUAUUUUUUUUUUUCUCAAAAUGUAUCUUGAAGUAUGCUUAAAAUAUUCCAUCACCAUGCUGGUACUUUAAUUAAGAAUAAUGGGCUUUGAAGUGCUUUGAGAUGACUAAUCAAAGUCCAGGUUGCUUUUUUGGCCUUUCGUUAAACUGAAGGUAUUGAGUAGGGACCUGAUUCAAACACAUGCAACCCCCUCCAAUUCAGAGAAACACUACACUACUUUUCUUUGAAAGUGAAGUUUGAGAGCUUGAUAAACCAAUCUCGGUGAAACUACUGGGUCUGAGGGCCAUAGCAUAGUCUUUUUAAAGUAGUUUAUUUUUGUUAAAGAAAAAAAAAAAAAUUGAAAAUGACAAUAUGGUAAAUGAUUAUCAUUAUGCACUGCAGCACCUAAUUAUGUUGAUUUUGUCAACUUUGGUAGUUGCUUCCAUGGCAUUGUUUGCCACAUUUUUGUUUGUGGAAAGUUAUAUUGAAGUUUACUUAAUUUGGCAAUUUUUAGCCACUUUUUCAACCGCAAGUAAAAUAAGUCUAUUGCGGUAAUCCUUGUUAUCCCUGUCUUUUCUCAGAGGUCUUUAUUUCACUCUUCAGUGAUCCCUGCUAGGAAGGGUAUGACUGAAGCAGCAAUAUGUACCAGCCUAGUUGUCUCCUUUUGGAGGGUAGAGAAAGAUCUGUACUAAUGUCUAGUCUCCAGGGCAGACACUGAAACAAAGGUAUUACUUUGAACAUAUUUGUUAUUACAAUAAUAACUAAUAUAUUUAAAAGGAAAGGUCCUGAUCCACUGCCGGAUUCAAACAAUUCAACACAUGAUUUGUAACACACAGUAGAAAACUCCUUUUUUUCUGGAAAGGCUAAGAAGAGGCUUAAAGCCAGCGAAUCAUUUGCUUCUGGUAGUUUUAUUGUGACCCUUAGUUUUGUGACAUGUACAAUACGUUUAAUCAUAGAGUUUGAGCUCUUGCCAAAUGUGGGGUCUGCAGUCCCCUACAGCCCCUCUUUAUAAUAAAACAUUUUGUGAUUUAUCUACAAUAAGCAAUAAUAAUAUAUUGGGCUGCCAGCAAUAAAAGAAUAAUACCUUUUUUGGAGAAAAUGAAUAAACACAGUGUUAGAUUUAAAGGUUUAUUGUGAGUUUUUUGAAUCUCAGAAAUGUCAGGAAAGAAAAUAUGCAUUUGGAGACACAAGCUGUCUUAAUUGGUCUUUCGUAUUCUUAUGCAUAUGAAAAGUUUUUUUUUUGUUUGUUUGUUUUUUUACAAUUUCCUCAGCAGUUGCAAAAAAAAGUUUAAACAAAAUAUGAGGUUAAAAUCAUUGCUUCUCUGCACAUGCAAAAAUGUAUGUUUUACUUUAAUUUACAUUCAAGCUGGUAGCCAUAUUUUCCCCAUAGUCUUGAUUAUAGACAUAACAACUACAGAGAUGUCUGUGAGAUGCUUAUGAAUGCACAUAAUUGUAAUGAUGUUUGAGAUCUGUCCAUUGACAAUGUAUUUUCAGUGUCAUACCUUACUUGAUCAUGAUACAAUAGAUCAAUGUGCAAGCGGAAAUCCUUUUAAUAACAUUGCACAAACUACUUUGUACCUUUUAAAAAUGUACAAUACUGUGCUGAACACAUUCAAACUGCUAUACAGUCAUAGUAGUUUAAGUUAAUGAAGCUUCUGUAAAAGUUGCUCUGGCAUGUCUAAAAGGAAGACGUGUAAAUAAAGGGAUAUGUGUUGUACAUUUAUUUGACUUGCUGUAGUUGUGCAUACUCUGUAAUUUACAGUAAAAAAAAACUAUUUUAUAUGACAUGGCCCUUUGCUGUAUUUAUUUAUUUUUUCUUUUGAAAGUAUUUAUAAAAGCAGUCAAGGACAACAGUGUUUUUGUUUAUGAAUGUAAAUAUAAAGGAAUUGUACCUUUUUGUCUGUGAAUAAACUGCUGUACAUUUUGCAAUACAUAAA